AUGGAUAUCGGAGGCCUGGAGACGGUGGUGGCCAAUUCGGCCUACGUGUCGGCUCGGGGCGACGGCGGCCCGUCCUCGGGGCGCGACAAGAAGAUGCGAGCCAAGCUCAAGUUGCCGCACAUCACCCAGUGCGAGCAUCUCAAAGACACCUUGGACCUGGACUUCAAAUUCAUCUGCCUGAGGCAGCCCAUCGGGAAGAGGAUCUUCCAGCAGUUCCUGGAGGACACGCCCCAGUUCCUGGCGGCGGCAGGGCUGUGGGAAAGCAUUGAGGAGUACAACACAUCGGAGGAGGCCAUGAGAGGCUCCACCGCCCAGGUGACCAUCAACAAGUACUUCGACUCGGCCUCGAAGGAGUUCUGCUCCUUCCUGGAGGAGAAGGCCAUCAUGCGGGUCAAGGAGGACAGCAAGCACAGCCAUGGAGACCUCUUCAAGGAGUCCGAGAAGCAGCUGCUCAAACACCUGGAGGAGAAGGCCUUCGCCCCCUACAAGGAGAGCCUCUUCUUCUACCGCUUCCUCCAGUUCAAGUGGCUGGAGGCCCAGAGCGUGACGGACGAGUGGUUCAUGGACUUCCGAGUGCUGGGCAAAGGGGGGUUCGGGGAGGUGUGCGCCUGCCAGAUGAAGGCCACCGGCAAAAUGUACGCCAACAAGCGCCUCAACAAGAAGAGGCUAAAGAAGCGCAAGGGAUAUGAGGGCGCAAUAGUGGAAAAGAGGAUUCUCGCCAAAGUCCACAGCCGAUUCAUCGUCACCCUGGCGUACGCCUUCCAAACCAAAAAUGACCUCUGCCUCGUUAUGACACUGAUGAACGGAGGAGACCUCAGGUACCACGUCUAUAACGUCGACGAGAAAAACCCCGGCUUUUCGGAAUCCAGGGCGAUCUUCUACACGGCUCAGAUCAUUUGCGGCCUCGAACACCUCCAUCAAAACCGCAUCAUCUACCGUGACCUCAAGCCAGAGAACGUCCUUUUGGACGAUGCAGGACAUGUGCGGCUGUCAGAUUUGGGCCUGGCGGUGGAACUGGCAGAAGGGAAAGACAAGACCAAGGGCUACGCGGGCACGCCAGGGUUUAUGGCCCCGGAACUCCUUAAGGGAGAGGAAUACGACUCGAGCGUGGAUUACUUUACGCUGGGAGUAACCCUCUAUGAGAUGGUCGCCGCAAAAGGACCUUUCCGCAGCCGCGGGGAAAAAGUAGAGAACAAGGAAGUGACGCGUCGCAUCCUGAACGACCCUGUCACAUACCCGGAUAAGUUCAGCGCCGAGUGCAAGGCCUGCUGCGAGGGGCUGAUGAUGAAAGACCCGGCCGCUCGCCUGGGGUUCAAGGACAACGAAUGCGCAGAGUUGAAGAAGCACCCUGUUUUCCAGAAGAUAAACUGGGGCCGCCUGGAGGCAGGCCUGGUGGAGCCCCCCUUCGUGCCAGACCCCAAGGUGGUCUACGCCAAAGACAUUGGCGACGUGGGAGCUUUCUCCACGGUGAAGGGCGUCGUGCUUGACGAGACGGACAAAGCCUUCUACGACGACUUCUCCACGGGCAACAUCCCCAUCCCCUGGCAGGAGGAGAUGGUCGAGACGGGCGUCUUCGGAGAGCUCAACGUCUCUUGGGCCAAGGGCUCCACCCCCAGGGAUCUGGACCGCAACGCACCUCCAACAAGCACCUCCAGCAAGUCGGGGACCUGCCUGCUGCUCUGAAGAGAGGCGGGGAGGUGUGUCUCCGGACACCAGGACUCCGGCCGCUGCGGCGGCCAUCGCCGGACUCGCAACAGGGACCAGCUUCCGGCUGGCGGGUGAUGCCCACUAG